ACGGGGCAGCCGAGACAUAAACCUCGCAAACAUGGCGACGCUCCGAAGAGAGUACGGAGACUGGAAAUACGACCGUUUUUAACCGAGCAAAUAACCUCCUCGUCGCAUGUUACAAUGUGGUGGGGUUAGCCGGAGCCACCGCACGCACAGCCUUUGUGACGAUGUUUGCAGAGGCCAGUCUGUCCAUCUGGGGAUGGGGGGGUCUUGGAGUCGUGCUGUUCCUCGUCACCUUUGGACCCUUUGCCAUAUUCUACCUGGCCUUUUAUAUCUUCUGCUUUAUUGGAGGGGGCUUUGCAGUGACACUGCUCUAUGGAAAGAUCAAUUCCGAGAAACAUCUGGAAAAGUGCGAGCACUCAUACCUACCACCCACACAAAUUGGUAUACUAAAGACGUUGGAUGAGAUGAAGCUGGAGCUGAAGCCAAUAAAGAUUGACAGGAGACUAACUGGCUCCUCUUUCAUAGAUGAACCACUACAACAGGUGAUCCAGUUUGCUCUGAGAGACUACAUCCAGUACUGGUACUACACUCUGAGCGAGGAUGAAUCCUUCUUAUUGGAGAUUAGACAGACGCUGCAGAAUGCCCUCGUCCAGUUCUCUACACGGUCCAAAGAGGUGGACUGGCAGCCUUACUUCACCACUCGCCUAGUGGAUGACUUUGCCACCCAUUUACGUGUCUUUAGAAAAGCCCAAGACCGCCUCGCUGACAGGGAGGACAAGCAAAGGGACAUAACAGAGGAGCUGGUGGACUCCUUCUUUGAGGCCGAGGUGGAGAUGGAGAGGAAGAUUUGUCGAGACGUCGUGUGCACUUCACACAAAGACGAAGAAGGUUUUCUUCGGGACUUGUGUGAGUUGCUUCUGUACCUGUUACUACCUCCUGGAGAUUUCCACAACAAAAACAUGAGAUACUUCCUGAGGGAGGUGCUGGCACGUGGAGUGCUACUUCCUCUGAUCAACCAGCUUAGCGACCCAGACUACAUCAACCAGUUUGUCAUCUGGAUGAUUCGGGACUCAAGCUGUAACUACGAAGCCUUCAUGAACAUCCUGAAGCUGACUGACAAGCCUUCAGAGCUGGAGUCCGUCAAAGACAAGGUGAUGGAGGAGCUGCAGUACCUCCGCUCCCUGGACACUGCUGGAGAUGACAUCAACGUGAUCAAGAACCAGAUUAACAGUCUUCUGUUUGUGAAGAAGGUGUGUGAGACCAGGAUCCAGAGACUACAUUCUGGCAAGGAGGUGGAUGCCUUAAAGCUGGCAGCCAAUUUUGGAAAGCUGUGUGUCAUUCCGCUGGAUCACAUCCUUGUCCACAACAUCGCCCUGCAGUUCUUUAUGGACUUCAUGCAGGCAGCGGGGGCCCAGGCAGAGCUGUUCUUCUGGCUCACCGUGGAGGGCUACAGGGUGACGGCACAGCAGCAGCUGGAGGCCAUGCAGGGCUGGCAGAAAGAUGGCAAGAAGCAGCCCAGUGCAACCAAGGGACUUCUGAAGGCUGCUGCGUUGGGUGUGUUUGAGCAAUACCUCUCUGAAAAGGCAUCUCCCAGGGUGCAGGUGGAUGACGAGUCUGUAAUAAAGCUAGGGGAGAAGCUGCAGAAGGACGACCCCACACCAGAGAUAUUUGAUGAAAUCCAGCGAAAUGUGUACGACAUGAUGCUACGUGAUGAACGCUACUACCCCUCCUUCAAGCAGAGUCCUCUCUACGUCCGCAUGCUAGCAGAGCUGGAUAUGUUGAAAGAGCCAAGCUAUCGAGGUUCUGAUGACGGCGAUGGAGAAUCCUUCAACGGCUCUCCAACAGGAAGCAUAACCUUAUCUUUGGACGACUUGUCCAACUCCUGCCAUGAUGAAACUAUGCACCUACAUGCCUUCAUCUCCGACACAGCUGACACUUGUCUCCCCGGGUUCUGGGGUGCCACAGGGGUUUGCAACGACCACGGUAAGACCUACGCGCUGUACGCCAUCACUGUGUUCAGACGUAACCAUGACGGAAGCGAGGACUGCUGGAAGACGUAUCGACGUUACUCAGACUUCCAUGACUUCCACAUGAGAAUCACCGAACAGGUGUGUUUUGAGAAUCUGACAUCGAUCCUCAAGCUGCCAGGGAAGAAAACAUUUAACAACAUGGACAGAGACUUCUUGGAAAAGAGAAAAAAAGAUCUCAAUGCUUACUUACAGUUGCUGCUAAACCCAGAGAUGGUUAAAGCCUGUCCAACUCUGAUUCCUUACGUCUAUGACUUCCUAGAGAACAAGGCAUACAGCAAGGGCAAGGGAGAGUUUGCACGAAAGAUAGACACAUUUGUAAAUCCUCUGAGGAGCUCCAUGAGAAACGUGUCUAACGCAGUGAAGGCCCUGCCUGACAGUCUGGCUGAGGGCAUGACCAAGGUCUCUGACAACAUGGGUCGCAUGUCCGAACGACUGGGCCAGGACAUUAAACAGUCCAUCCUAAAGGUGCCUCCACUCCUCCCCAAGUCUGAAAUCGACCCUGAACACUGUCGAGUCUCUGCUCAGCUGGAUGACAACGUUGAUGAUAACAUCCCUCUGAGGGUAAUGCUGCUACUAAUGGACGAGGUGUUUGACCUGAAGGAGAAAAACCAGUGGCUGCGCAGGAACAUUAAGAACCUGCUUCAGCAGCUCAUCAGGGCCACAUAUGGAGACACCAUCAACAGGAAAAUUGUGGAUCAUGUGGACUACUUGACCUCACCAGAGCAGGUUGCAGACUACGUCAAGAAGUUCAGGGAUUCUUACUGGCCCAACGGUAUUCUGGCCGAGUCACCGCCACGUCGGGACAAGAACAUCCGCAUGAGGACCCGAGUCGCUGCCAAGACCAGCCUGCUGGGCAUCAUGCCAGAUGAGCUGAAGCACAUCAUCGGAGCAGACACCACAAGAAAGGGCAUCCUCCGUGUCUUCGACAUGUUUCAGUACCAACCCAUGAACCGUCGGCUUGUCUACGUUUUCCUGGAGGGCUUCUUGGAAACGAUGUUCCCCCAGUAUAAAUUCCCAGAGCUCUUUGUCAAACUACACUCCCGCUCGCCGCGCAUCCACAGAUUUAGCCAGAAAGUCAAAUCGUCCUCCCUCAAGAGGUGACAGGAGAGGACAGAGGCAGCGGGACAUCAGCCAAUCAGACACACACUUGGACUUGAGGGCGGAGAGUGAUAGUGGAGGGGCUUGACGUGAAUGUUAAGGUGUGUUCGCUUGAUUUCUGCUCUUCCACUUCCCUCACACACUCUCUUCUGUGAAAACACUCCAGCUGUCUGGACAGAGCUGAAGGAUGAGCAACACGUACAUUGCCCUCGUCUAACUCUGUGACACAAACACACCUGCGCAAACUUAAAUCCUGUAAUUUGCACCAAGACUGAUCAUUGCAUAAAUUUGUUUUAGUUCAAAUAGUUUCCUUUUUUCUGAUGUUUUAGUUGUGUUGAGCUUUAUCAUGGGCCAGUCAAUGCUGCUUUCUUGUGGUUCAGAGAACAGACCACAAAUACUGUAUUGUUUUUAACUGCAGGAGCAGAUAGCAUAGACCCACACCUUGCCUUACCUUCCUGCUUCUGUGUGUGUCAGCCGGAAUAGCCCGCCAUCUGAGUGACCCGGCCAUUCAGCUGUAGACAAACUAACCCACACGCUAGACAUGUUAUCUACGAAAGCUGCACACUUGCUUACAUGCAAAAUUGUUUUUUCAUAGCAACCAAAUAUGUCAAUAGCACUGGGUUAAGAAGGCGCUAUUUUUUAAAUGUGACUGAACAAACUGGGGUUGAAAGGACAAUUUUACAUUUUAAUGACACAUUUUUCUACCCUCUUUUUUUUUUUUUUUGCCCACGAUCCUCAACGAAUAAGCCACACCCCCUUUAAUGCUACUGUCAAACAUGUGAAGACCAAAGCUCAUGCUGUCCAUACUUGUGUUUGGCUUGAUGUUGGGAUACUCCGAGCAUUACUGUGCUAAAUAAACGAAUCAUGUGAGGGAGGAGUAAGUUGACCUCUGGUGACCUAAUGGUGAGGCUCUAAAGUGUGGCACAGUUGUGGGAUGCUCAGCGCCAUCAAAGAAUGUACUCUCUGGUCUGCUCCGUUUUUGGCUUGAGUAGAGUUUUGUGUGAAUGGGUGUGUGCGUGUGUGUUUUAGCAUAAAGCUGCUACACUUUCUCAGUAAGAAACUGUGCCAGUGUGAGCUAGUGAACCAGCCUUAAAAGUAUAAACAGGACAUACUGACCAAGAGACACGCUAGAGGUAGCGCUUCUUCACAAGACUGAACAUCACAAGGAAAUCAAAAUAGAGAUAUGGAGAUAUAUCCCUAAUCACUUUUAUGCAGAGAAAAUGUUUAAUUUUGUGCAAUACUUUGUUUUCUGUAAUGCAUGUGCAUUUUGAAUCAUUGUAUACUGAAAUAGAAUCAUAUAGUUUUAAUAGUAAAAAAAAACAAGUUUCCCAAAAAACAUCUUCUUAUCCCAACAACUUGACAUUCCGUUGUUGUAAAAGUACAAUGUUUAUUUUACAGACUUGUUUUAUAAGUCUUGAGUUAUUUCUUGUUUUUUUGCUUUUUGUUUUGUUUUUUUUGGCAUGUGGGGGAUAUUUUCCACUUAAUCCAGCCACUCCAACAGAAUCUGUUUUGGGCGAUGACUAGGGAGGGUUUGUGUUUCACAGUAUGAUGAUUAGCUCAUCGGGCUAUUGCUAGCUCCGAGGCGGCCUCACAAACUGCUUCAUUUUAAUAACUAGUGGUGUUUUUAUGCAUUAAACAUGUUCUGUUCAGUGUGAACAUAUUUUGUUGUUAUAAGCUGACAGCGGGAGGGACACCCCCCCCCCCCCCCCCCCCCCUUUCUCCUGUCUGAUAGGCUCACAAGAGAGCCUUGUCCUGUGACCAAUGGAAUCACUGCUAAUGAGCACUUAGUAGCAACUGUGGAAGGGCCUCUCUCAUUGGCUGGAUGAUGCGCUGUUCUGCUGCAGUCAUUAAAUGGAUUUUCCUUGUCUGCACUGAGCAGCUUUAGUGGACUGUGAUGGGGUGAACCGGAGGACAUGAACUGGAGCCUCUUCUUACUCAGAGGUGAAUAUUUUGUCCCUAUAGUGGAGAAGGUGUCACCUUUAACUUUCUGCACACCUCUCCAAACAGGAAGGCUUGUCUUUUUUUAACCCCAGUAUUUAUGAAUCUAUGAUAAUGAAAAUUGUGCAUAUCUGUGUACAGUCUGUGUUAAUAGUGUGCCUAAAUGUACUGUCAACUCUAUUUUCAUAUUUUUCUUUAACCUAAAAAAGAAAUCAAUCAGAAUGUCAUGAUCACUUUAUGCGACUGAAAAUGACUUUAGGGUGUUUCUUUGCAUCAUGCUUAUCAAACUCUUCCUUGUGAGCAGUUGUGCUCAGAUCAGUAUAACACUAAUAAAAGGUAACUCAGACUAACUGACCAACAAUAUUCAUGUUGUCUUUGUGUGCGCUUGCAGAAUUUGUAGUUAUUCAAGGUUUGAUGGAUAUUUACCCUCAUACAGACCACUAACUGACAUAUUAUCCAGAGUGCAGUCUUUAUAAUGCUAAAUGUAAAAUUGUUGACUUUAUUAAAGUCUGGUGUCAAGCUUC